UCCACCCCCUCCCACCCCUCCCACCCCCCUCCCCCCUCCCCACCCUCCUCCCCUCCCCCCCCCUCCACCCCCCCCCACCCCCCCUCCAACCCCCCACCCCCCUCCUCCCCCCCACCCCCACCCCCCCCAAAAAACCCCCCCCCACCCCCUCCCACCCCCCCUACCCCCCAAACCCCCCCCCCCCUCCCCUCCACCCCCCCCCACCCCCCCCCACCCUCCUCCCCCCCCCCCUCCCUCCCCCCCCCACCCCCUCCCCCACCCCCCCCACCCUCCCCCACCCUCCCCCCACCCCUCCCCACCCUCCCCCCACCCUCCCCCCACCCCCCCCCCCCCCUCCCCACCCCCCCCCCCCCCCCCACCCCCCCCCCACCCCCUCCCCACCCCCCCCUCCACCCCCCCCACCCCCCCCCCAAACCCUCCUUUUUCCCCCCUCCUCCUCCCCCUCCUCCUCCACCUCCCCCUCCCCCCUCCCCUCCACCCUCCUUUUUACCCCCCCCCUCCCCCCCCCCCCACCCUCCUCCUCCACCCUCCUCCCUCCCCCCUCCUCCCCACCCUCCCCCUCCACCCUCCCCCCACCCCCUCCCCCCACCCUCCCCCCCCCCCCCUCCCCCCCCACCCUCCUCCCCCCCUUCCCCCCCUCCUCCCCACCCUCCCCCUCCCCUCCUCCCCCCUCCUCCCACCCUCCUCCUCCACCCUCCUCCCCCACCCCCCUCCUCCCCCCUCCCCCUCCCCCCUCCUCCUCCACCCUCCCCUCCACCCUCCUCCUCCCCCCUUUCUCCCCCACCCUCCUUUUUACCCCCCCCCCCCUCCCCCCACCCUCCUCCCCUCUCCUCCCCCCCCCCACCCUCCCCUCCACCUCCCCUCCACCCUCCUCCUCCCCCCCCUCCCCCUCCCCUCCACCCUCCUCCCCCCCCUCCCCCCCCUUUCCACCCCCCUCCCCCACCCUCCCCUCCCCCCCCCCCCCCUCCUCCUCCCCCUCCCCCUCCACCCCCCUCCCCUCCCCCCACCCCCCCUCCACCCUCCUCCCCCCCCUCCUCCCCCCCCCCCCCCCACCCCCCCCCACCCCCUCCUCCCCCCCCCCACCCUCCUCCUCCACCCCCUCCUCCACCCCCCCCUCCUCCUCCCCCCCCCCCCCCCCCUCCACCCCCCCCUUCCCCCCUCCCCCCAACCCCUCCCCCCCCCUCCCCUCCUCCUCCCCCCUCUCCCCCCCCUCCCCCUCACCCCCCCCCACCCUCCUCUCCCCCUCCUCCUCCCCCUCCCCCUCCCCCUCCCCUCCCCCCCCCCCCCUCCCCC